UGAAUGCAUUCUGAUAUUGCUCGUAAGAUUUCUUCAAUUAUAAAUCGUGGAAUUUAUAAUAAAAAUGUACAACAAAAACUUUAUUUUUUACCUACUUCGUUUCAAUUUCAAGAGUAUUUGGAAGAUGUCACCCCCAAUACUAUUAUUUUUGGUAUUGGUGGCAACUUGUGAACUGUUUCAUCAAGCAACUUGCCCACCGGUAUCAGGACCUGAAUGCGGACUGAGUGGCUACAGGAAAUCUGAUAAUGAACAGUUAAUCAAAAAUAAGGCUUUCAGGCGAAAAAGUAUUGACCCAGACAGGCCAUGGCACAUAUUAAAUCCCGAAGAGUUAUGGCACCUGAAGCCUACUACCACGCCGCCGCGAAUAUACUGGAACAAGACCAACGAGCGAUGUGAUUACAUUAGAUUCCGUUGUAUGAAGGCACACAGGACAGGUGCGAUCUGCGCUCGCACCAUAGACUACCAAUACCAUAGCUUCGUUGACUACUGCGCUUUGGAAUUCCACAAUUGUGUCGCCAGAUUUGACGAGGUUUGGUCGAUUGCCUACAUGGGAUACUGUACGCCAAUAUUCAUUGACGAAACCCUUUAUGUUGACAUGACCGACGAGAAAAUGUCCAACGACUCUAAACUACAACAAAUGUACGUAGCAGAUCUAGGCGACGAAACCGAAUUCGAAAACUAUGCCACUUAUCCCCCCGAAGAAAUGACAGAGAUAAUUACCCGCAUUAUUACUGAUGAAAAUGGAGAAUAUCAUAUUGUUACUGAAACUAUUAGACCAACUAUAGAUAGGAUAACGUAUGACUAUGAUUUGUUAACGAAUGAGGGGGAAGGAACUAACUCUACUACUACUAUUCCGUCCGACUUGCAAAGGGAUGAGGGGGAAGGAACUAACUCUACUACUACUAUUCCGUCCGACUUGCAAAGGGAUGAGGGGGAAGGAACUAACUCUACUACUACUAUUUAGAUUAACUAUAGGUACCUACCUGUAAUGUUUAGUAAUAAAUAAAA